AUGAAAGAUGUUCGGACAUUAUGCACUCUGUUCAACAUGAUUUUGGAUCCAUUGACAUUCAAGGAUGUAGCCACUGAAUUCACUCAGGAGGAAUGGGAAUGCCUGGACCCUGCUCAGGGGGCCCUGUACAGGGAUAUGAUGUGGGAGAUCUAUAGGAACCUGGUCUCUGUGGCUGUGUCUCAUAUACAUGUGAUCAAGAAAUUACAACUAAAAGCAGACACUGAUAAAAGACAAGUGGUCUUCAGUAAGAAUUCACUACUGAUAAUUCCUAACAGAAUCCACAGUGAAGAAAAACCUGACAAAUUUAAAGAGUGUGGCAAGGACUUUCGUCAAAGAAGAACCCAUGAAUGUCCUCAGAGAAUUCACACUGGAGAGAAACCUUGCAAAUGUAAUGAGUAUGGCAAGGUCUUUACUCAAAAAGGAAACCUUACACGUCAUCAUCAAAUAAUUCAUGUAGGAGAGAAACUUUACAAAUGUAAGGAACAUGGGAAGCUCUUCAGUAGAAAGAUAAACCUUAAACUUCAUAAUAGAAUUCAUACUGGAGGGAAACUUUAUAAAUUUAAUGAAUGUGGCAGGGUCUUUUGGCAUAGGGCCACCUUUUCAUUUCAUCAGCGUAUUCAUGCUGGAGAGAGACCUUACAAACCUAAUGAGUGUGGCAAGGACUUGAGUCAAAAAGAAAGCCUUGCAGUUCAUCAUCAAAGAAGUCAUUCUGGGGAGAAACCUUACAAAUGUGGUGAGUGUGGCAAGGUCUUCAGUAGAAAGAAUUUCCUUCCAGUUCAUAAUAGAAUUCACACUGGAGAGAAACCUUACCAAUGUAAUGAUUGUGGCAAGCUUUUUCGGCAUAAGAACAGCCUUGCAAGCCAUCUGAGUAUUCAUACUGGAGAGAAACGUUACAAAUGUAAUGAGUGUGGGAAGGCUUUUAGUAGAAAGUUAGUCCUCACAAUUCACAAUAGAAAUCAUACUAGAGAGAAACCUUACAAAUGUAAUGAGUGUGGGAAGGUCUUGCAGCAAGAAUACCUUACACUUCAUAAUACAAUUCAUACUGAGGAGAAACCUUACAAAUGUAAAGAGUGUGGCAAGAUGUUUCCGCAAACAUCUACCCUUUCAGUUCAUAAGAUAAUUCAUACUGGACAGAGACCUUACAUAUGUAAUGAGUGUCGGAAAGCUUUUAAUGCAUGUUCAGACUUAACUAGACAUCAAGCAGUUCAUACAGGAGAGAAACUGUAUAAAUGUGACGUAUGUGGAAAAGCCUUUAGUCAAAACGCAACACUUACAGUUCAUCAGAGAAUUCAUACUGGAGAGAAACCAUAUAAAUGUGCUGAGUGUGGAAAAGCUUUUAGUGCACAUUCAGACUUAAGUAAACAUCAAGCACUUCAUACAGAAGGGAAGCGAUAUAAAUGUAAUUUAUGUGGCAAAGCCUUCAAUCUCAGGUCUUAUUUUACACUCCAUUGGAGAAUUCAUACUGGAGAGAAACCGUAUCAGUGUGAUGUAUGUGGCCAGUGCUUUAGUCGAAAUUCAUACCUUAGGAAUCAUUGGAGAAUUCAUACUGGAGAGAAACCUUACAAAUGUAAUGAGUGUGGCAAAGCCUUCAGUCAGAGUUCAGGCCUUAUAACUCAUCAGAGAAUUCAUACUUUAGAGAAACCGUAUAAAUGUGAUGAGUGUGGCAAAACUUUUAGUGCACAUCCAGACUUAACUAAAGAUGAAGCAGUUCACACAGGAGAGAAUCCAUAUAAAUAUAAUUCAUGUGGCGAAGCCUUCAGGUACAGGGCUUCCUUUGCAGUUCAUCACAGAACUCAUACUGGAGAGAAACCAUACAAAUGUGAUGACUGUGGCAAAGCUUAUAGUGCACAUUCAACCUUUAUUUACCAUCAAGCAAUACAUACAGGAGUGAAACCAUAUAAAUGUAAUUUGUGUGGCACAGCUUUCAGAUCUCCCAGUUAUUGGUUGAUCACCCUGAAUUUUACUUGGCAGUGUAUUAACGGACUUAGUUCAAACACACUGAGUGGACUCUCAAACUUAUCUGGACUUGCUGAGGAGGUCGAUGGCCCCAUGAAGUGCUUACUGAUGUGUCAAGGUCCGCGAGUUUCCACCAAGUUCCGGAACCAUGACUGUGGAGCUGAGAUCACUGUCGGGAACAUGAGAUACCUGGGAACCAAAAGGAAGAACACAGCAGGUGUCCUCUCGGCCCCCCUCGGCCGCCCUCGGCCCCUUUCGGCUCCGCCCUUCACACGCCUGGGCGCGGACAGUGCCCUACGCCCCGCCCCUCGCUGA